AUGGAGGAUUUCCAAAUCUCUUCAGCUCCAUGUUCCUCUUCUUCCUCAGCCCUCCAACAGAAACUCCAAUUCAUAAUCCAAAACCAAAGCCAAAACCAAGGCCAAUAUUGGUGGACUUAUGCCAUUUUUUGGAGAGUCACAACCACCGAGAAUUGCCGUCUUUUGUUGGCAUGGGUAGACGGCUAUUUCCAAGCUGGCGGUCGCGAUGUCUCGAUGGCGGAGCGGUUCUACUCGAUGUCGGUGGCUCGAGAGUUCGAAUUCGAUAGCAAUGGCGAUGGCGACGUUUUAACCAAGGCCUUCAUCUCCGGGAGGGAGGUCUGGCUGAGCGAGCUUUUUCAAUUUGGCCAAAGCAAGAGAGGCAAAGAAGCUGAAAGACAUGGCAUCAGAACUUUGGUUUGCAUUCCAACUCCAGCUUCUCCUUGUGGAGUCCUUGAGUUGGGCUCUCAAGACACAAUUAGAGAGGACUUGAAGUUUGUUGAGCACCUCAAAUCCGUGUUCGCUUCCGAUCAAAUCUUCGUUGUUCAAUCAUGCAAUCAACUCCGUCUUGAGGAGAAUACGUCAUGGGGUCGAAAGUCGAGAGUCGUUGGUGCGCGCGGUGCGCCCGUGACUUCUCAUGUUGAGGCCGAGAGACAGCGGCGCGAGAAGCUGAACCACCAAUUCUGUUGCCUCCGGUCUGUAGUGCCAAAUAUUUCGAGGAUGGACAAAGCAUCGCUCCUCUCAGACGCGGUUUUGUACAUCCAUGAGCUGCAGGCCAAAAUCAAGGACCUCGAAUUCGAAUUUUCAAAGAGAUCAAAUUCCAAAGAAUCGAAAAAAGCGGCACUGGUGAACCAAAGGAGGCCAAAUGGUGGAUUAAUUAAGGUGGAAGUGGAAGUAGAGGUGAAGAUUAUGGGAUUAGAGGCAGUGAUUAGAGUUCAGACGAAGAACAUGAGCAACACAAUGGCAAAGCUAAUGGAGGCAUUGCGAGACUUGGAGCUUAAGGUUCACCAUGCGAGUAUGUUGAACCUAAAUGACUUCACAUUGCAUGAUGUGGUCGUUGGCCUUCGUCCUGAUCAGAAACAAACCAACAUUGAAGAAGAAGCUAUUAGAAUGUCACUUCUCAAAACGCUACACCAUCCAUCGUCACCCUAA